AACGCUUUACACCCGGGCACCACACGUGUCCCGUACGCGACAAACACCGAAUCCUCUCAAAAAUCUCGCACUACCGGUGCGGUGCCACAUCACCGCGCAAAUCAGAUGGCGCCUCCAUUUGUUACCGCCACAGAGCAUUAACCCAAACACCCGCCAUCUGUUGCACGCUCCGAGUCCGACAAUCGACAAGGUCGGCACGCACAGAGUGAGCUACUAGGAGUAGAUACUUUCUCUCCUUUAAAUCGUCAGCCCGGAAGCGAAAUAUCUGCGCCCGCCUACACACACACACACACACGCACGCAUAGGAUAGGAGUGACUCCCCACAGAGAACAAGCCCACACCGAGCAGAGAGCAGGAAGAGCGAGCGGCUUCCUUAUCCGGUUGCAGCUUCGUCGUCCAUGGGAAGCGAGUGCAAGGGCCACCAGCACCAGGACGACGGCGGCGUCGCGCCGUUCGUGGCCAAGACGUUCCACAUGGUCAGCGACCCGGCCACGGACGCCGUCGUGUGCUGGGGCGGCGCGAGCAACACCUUCCUCGUCCUCGACCCCGCCGCCUUCUCCGACUACCUCCUCCCCUCCUACUUCAAGCACCGCAACUUCGCCAGCUUCGUCCGCCAGCUCAACACCUACGGAUUUCGCAAGGUCGACCCGGACAUGUGGGAGUUCGCGCACGAGUCGUUCCUGCGCGGCCAGGCGAAGCUGCUGCCGCUGAUCGUGCGCAAGAAGAAGAGGGCCGGCGCCGGGGCGGCGGGGAGGGAGGUGUGCGAGGAGGAGGAGGAGGAGGUGCGGGGGACGAUCCAGGCGGUGCAGAGGCUGCGGGACGAGCGGAGGGGCAUGGAGGAGGAGCUGCAGGCCAUGGACCGCAGGCUCCGCGCGGCGGAGAACCGGCCGGGCCAGAUGAUGGCGUUCCUCGGCAAGCUCGCGGACGACCCGGGCGUGGUGCUGCGCGCCAUGGUCGCCAAGAAGGAGGAGCUGGCUGCAGCCGGUGCCGGCGGCAUGGAUCCAAGACCAGAUAAGAGGAGGCGGAUCGGGGCCGAGGCCGAGGAGGCAGCACAGAGCAGGGCCGUGCCGUUCCCCUUCUCUAACGCGGGACACGUGUUCUACUAAUAGACCUUGAGAGUGGAGAGUAGAUAGAUAGGUGUACACGUGUGAUGUUUUGGUGUUUAUAUGUAUGUGUAUACGUAUGUAUUUCUGUGAAAAACAACAAAACUGUCCCUUUUCAAAAUGCUGGCGGGGUGGGAUUUCGUGGCAUGGAAAAGUUCAAUCUGGCCUUGCUUGGGAAGCAUGGAUGGAAACUUGUCACAAAUCCCGACUCCCUCUGUGCGCGUGUCCUAAAAGGAAAAUAUUUCCCGACAA